AAUGAUUUGGGAAUCAUGUCGCACGUGUACGUCAGUCGACGCUGUGUUUUGAUUGGACUCGUUGUUUUUGGAAUGCUGUUUUUCGCUGCACAGAUUUACCUCUUGAAAUGGGCGGGGACUUCGGGAAUAUUCAGCUUGAGCAGUUUAUGGGGAGGACAAUCCCAUGAGCACCCAAGGAAAAUCCCUCCAUAUAGAGCAACCAAAGUUUUUGCUGACGCUUCUGCAAAGUUCAGCGUGCCAGUGUUUUUGAUUGAACCGGACUGUCUGACGAGCAUUGCACUACUGUGGAGGACAGAAAUGAAAGAGUCAGUCCCGGGCAAAUGUAAACAUUUGUGUGGAGAACGCAACGUUACAACGUUUGGGGUUCUGGAUUCACGCUUAAUAUCCCAAGAUUUUCUCCUGUUCCUUGAGGAGCAUAUCGACAUAAGAUGUACGGUAUUGUACGGCCCCGACCCGCGCCUUAUCACCGUCGACAACCAGGAAACGGGAGAGAUCCCACUUCACUACCUCUUUGAGUACUCGGGCCAGUUUAUCCAUCUCGUGGUGUUCUACGAGCGCGCCGGCAGCUACCUGUGGCACGGCGCGGCCCGAGCCGAUCAAUUGUCGUCCCGAAGAAUGUCCCUGCUGUCACCGUGCUUCCAGAACCUCAACCUCCGUAAACUGAAAUUUGGUGGGACCUUUGCUGGAGCUUAUGACAAAAUGGAGUUUCGAACCAGACGAGCCGACGGCGUCAACCUACGCAUCCCGAAGGACAUCAACCGGUUUCUGGAGCAGAUCCCGUUCUCGCGACACCUGGAGUGCAAUUACGACCAGGCGAGGGCCUUCGGGCGGAGCUACGGGCGCGACGGGACCCCCGAGGCUCUGGCCUUCCGCCAGUCUGCUCGGGACCUUCUAGAAAAGGGCAAACGGGUCCUGGACGAGCUCGGCAUCCGAUUCUGGCUCAGUAGCGGCACCUGCUUAGGCUGGUUCCGUGAGUGCGACAUCAUUGCCCACAGCCAGGACGUGGAUUUCGGCAUGUGGAUAAAAGACUAUAACAGCCAGAUUAUACAAGAAUUUGACUCAAGAGGGCUCACUCUCAAACACCAGUUUGGGAGGAUUUCGGACAGUUUUGAGUUGUCGUUCGUGGAUGACGGCAUCAAGCUGGAUAUCUUUUUUUUCUACGAUGAAAAAGAUCACAUGUGGAACGGCGGCACCGAAGUACGUUCCGGAAAUAAAUACAAAUACGUCUUCCCCAAGUUCACCCUUUGCUGGGCGGAGCUACUGGAGCUGAGGGUGCGGGUUCCGUGCGACACCAAGCGAUACAUUGAAGCCAACUACGGCAAGGAAUGGAACCAGAAAGUCACGACGUGGGAUUGGAAAAGGAGCCCCCCAAACGUCAGACCUAACGGACAGUGGGAUCGGGAGGAAUGGGGCGAGGUUAUACAAAUAUUCUAGUGAACUUGGGCAACUCCAUAAAAUCUGUAAUGGUCUCAGUUACCCUGCGUGCUGACAUUUCCAGAUAAAUAAAUUUCAAUAAAACAUGCAUUCCUUGUUUUUGUUUUUUUAGUUUCACCUCAAAAAAAGGUUUAUUAUUUCAAUAGAUGACUCUCAUAGGAUGCAAUCUUCGUAGGCAAAUUACAACUGCGUCUUCAAUGCCAUCAGGUGCUGUGCCCGCAGUGUGCAAAAUGUUCUAAACACGCGCGUGUGGUUGAUUUUUGUUUUCAAAAUACGGCGCAGCUGAUGCGCCUCACACAAAUUUGACGCCCAAAAUGCCGAUGCACGUGGCAAUCUGUAGGAAGUGACGCCAUUUGAGAGAGACCUAUUUGCUAUUUUCCUAACAAUAUAGAAGUUACAUGUAUUCACUUUUGAAUAAGUCAUCAAACGAAAAAAAAUCCACCACCAUUUAUUAUUGAUUUACUUCUCCACAUUUGAAUUACUGUCUGUCAGACAGUAAUUCCUGACUAACGGGGUAACCAUUCAAAGAAAUUUUUAACAUUUGGAGUCGCCCAAUUUUUUUUCUCUUUUUUACUGUCCAAUUUGUUUGAGACGUGUUUCCCCACCAAUAUUUAAAUUUGUAGGAAAAGAUUUUUUUGAUAACUCUUGUGCUAUUUAUAUUUUAAGAUGUAUGAAAAAAGCCAAAUAUUUUUUGAAGAUAUUCUGCUCAAAGUUAUUCUUUGUACAGAAAUCUUUUGAUCACCGUGCGUAAAUUCCCAAAAAUGUCAAAAUAUGUUGUACAUAAGUUGUGAUUCUUAUAAAUUAUCAAAAUAAUCUAUGCAGAAAUAUUUUAAAAUAAGAUUUUUUUGCAACUGUAUUCUGCCAGAGUUUUGGCUUAUUUCUGUUUUACUUUACAAUGCUAUCACAGGAGCGUAUUUUCAUUUGUAAUUUUCUUAUCAACAGUCGAGUCUUGUCUGAGUAGUAUGUUAUUCAGUAAUCAUCAAUAAUUAUGCAAAACAAUGCAAUAACGAAGCAUGGAUGAGCACUAUUGUUCUGAAACCUUGACCGGCGAAUAUAGCCAUUUGCAAGUCAAAAAUUAAUGUUUAGUGUCCCAUGUUUUUAUUAGUAAAUAAUGUUUAUAUUAUAGUAAUAAAUAUUUACAAUUAUUCCA